CAUUUUUGUAUCCAGAUUUCAGAUUUCGCUUGUCAUCCGAAUUUGUAAUAAUCAUUUAAACAUUUGUAAGUAAAUUUAAAAACAAUGGCUUUAAUAGAUUUCUGCCAUCUUGACGAAAAGAUUAAUAUAAAACCCGCGGACUCUCUUGCUUCGAUUCAAAAUGAUAUUAUCGGGUACAGUCAAAACUUCAUGAACAGUGCUCAACUUGCGACUCCGCCGUUUGCGAAUCCGGUUGAAACUUUAGCACAGUUCAACUCAAAGGAUGAGACUGGAAAAGACAUUAAAAUCGAAUUCGACCAUGGUACCACAACUUUGGGAUUUCGGUAUAAGGGAGGAGUACUGCUUGCUGUGGAUUCCCGAGCCACUGGAGGUCAAUUCAUUGGUUCUCAGUCUAUGAAGAAAAUUGUAGAAAUCAAUGACUACCUCCUUGGUACAUUGGCGGGAGGUGCUGCGGACUGUGUAUAUUGGGACCGAGUGCUCGCUAAGCAAUGCCGUUUAUAUGAGCUGCGCAACCGUGAGCGUAUCUCGGUUGCCGCAGCCAGCAAGUUAAUGGCCAACAUGGUUUAUAACUACAAAGGAAUGGGACUCAGUAUGGGAAUGAUGCUUGCCGGCUUUGAUAAGCGAGGUGCACAGCUGUACUAUGUAGACAGUGAAGGUACGAGAACUCCAGGCACUGUGUUCUCCGUGGGCUCAGGGUCAGUGUAUGCAUUUGGUGUACUUGACUCCGGCUAUAAAUGGGACCUUGAAGAUAAAGAGGCUCAAGAGCUGGGUCGUCGCGCUAUUUACCACGCGACUCACCGGGAUGCUUACUCCGGAGGCAUCAUCAGAGUGUACCACAUCAGCGAGCAGGGCUGGGUCAACAUCUCCAAUGAAGACUGCUCCGAUUUACACUACAAGUAUCAAGCAGAAAAGGGACUAUCCGAAGAAGCUUUUUAAUUACUUUUUUUUAAUAAAUGUUCAUUAAAAUUUU